GGUGCUCAUCUCCAUUUCUAAGCCACAGAGUCACCGUUGUCCAGACACUCCAAGAUCAUGUGGCCAGCAUGACUACAUGGAGCACUGUUAUCUUCCUGCUGGAGCUGUACCUAUUAAGCUACUCACAUUUGCAUGUUUUUGAACUGCUAGGUUGGCAGACAGAAAUAGUUAUAGACCAGCCCUUUUCUGUCUGCCUGGGCUUUUUUUGGUGAGGUGGAAGAGGACAAUUAUACUGUCUGGUUUUCUCAAUUUCACCCUUUCAAAUUGAAAUUUGAGAUGGAUUUUAUGGCACACAUACAUGUAUGUAAUGCUUUAUUUAUUUCCCCUGUUUCCUUUCUGAAUAAUUCUGUUGAAAAGGUUUGAGUGACAGAAAUUUACUUUUCCUAACCAUUUAAGUCUGCUGUCAAUUUUUAUGAUUCAGCAGGGAUUCUAACCUAAGAUGUAACAGUUUUGUUAUUGUGAUUUUUACCCCACCCCGAAUCUACUCUUUUUAGGUAAUUCAUGCUGCAUUUCCUGUUGGCAUGACAAGCAUUCCUGCCAAUUCUGUAGUCAUUUCGUUUCGCCUUAGGGUCAGCAUAAGUCAGAAAUUACUUGAAGGCAUGAACUACAGCAGCAUGAUCAACAUCAACAACAACAGUAACAACAAUAGGAGCAACAUAAGAGUCCAGAUUGCUGGUGUGAUCUUCCUCAAAUGCCCAUUUAGUGUUUGGUUUGGCAGGAGUUUGGGAGUCAUGGAGUACAUAGGGUUCAACUGAUCUCCAUUCUUAUCAGGCAGUGGGGCUUUCCAGUAUCAAGAAACCUGGGUGGAGACUUCUCAGAACAAUAGUUGCUCAGCAGAGCAACCCAAUAUGAAUACUGCAGACAAUGGAGCCAAUGGCCUUUGUGCAAUAUGUGGAGACAGAGCCACUGGCAAGCAUUAUGGUGCCUCCAGUUGUGAUGGAUGCAAAGGGUUCUUCCGACGCAGCAUACGAAAGAAUCAUGUUUACACCUGCAGAUUUAGCCGGCAGUGUAUUGUUGAUAAGGACAAGAGAAAUCAAUGCAGAUACUGUCGUUUAAAAAAGUGUUUCCGUGCUGGGAUGAAGAAGGAAGCUGUUCAAAAUGAACGAGAUAGGAUAAGCACAAGGCGAAGCACUUCUGAAGGCAGCAGCAGUCCUUCUAUUAACACACUGGCCCAGGCUGAAGUGCUUUCUCGCCAGAUCUCUGUUUCAAGUCCCAGUGCUGGUCCUACUGACAUAAAUGUUAAGAAAAUUGCUGGUAUUAGUGACAUCUGUGAAUCUAUGAAGCAGCAGCUCUUAGUUCUUGUGGAGUGGGCAAAAUAUAUUCCAGCCUUCUGCGACCUACGGCUAGAUGAUCAGGUUGCCCUGUUAAGAGCACAUGCUGGAGAACACCUGCUGCUUGGAGCAGCAAAACGCUCAAUGGUUUAUAAAGACAUCAUUCUUUUAGGUAAUGAUUUUAUAAUUCAUCGCAACAGUUCUGAAAUUGAGAUCAGUCGAGUAGCAAACCGGAUUCUUGAUGAAAUAAUACAUCCAUUUCAAGAAAUUCAAAUUGAUGAUAAUGAAUAUGCCUGCCUAAAAGCUAUUGUUUUCUUUGAUCCAGAUGCAAAAGGACUAAGUAAUUCAAUGAAGAUCAGGAACAUGAGGUUUCAAGUUCAGAUUAGUUUGGAGGAUUAUAUCAACGAUCGCCAGUAUGACUCCAGGGGACGCUUUGGAGAACUCCUCUUGUUGCUGCCUACUCUGCAGAGUAUUACCUGGCAAAUGGUUGAGCAAAUACAAUUUGUGAAACUCUUUGGAAUGGUUAAAAUUGACAGCUUGCUUCAGGAAAUGUUAUUAGGAGGUGGUUCUAAUGAUGCUUCCAAUCUCCAUCCAACACAUCCUCAUCUAGCACAAGACCCACUCACUGGAGAAACUUUGCUUAUUAGUCCAGUGACUGUUCCUGUACAUUCAGAACAGAUAUCAACUCCUGAAACUCCACUUCCUUCUCCUCCACAAGGCUCUGGCCAGGAAUACAAGAUAUCUACAAACCAAGUUACGGUUAUUUCCCAGCCAUCUCUUCCAAAACAAAAGCCAUUAUGAUAUUGAUCAAUAUUUUUGUAGUACCAUCACUGUGUUAAAGCAUUAUGACACUGAAAAACUCAGGACACAGAACUUCGACCCUCUCUUUAACAAGACAAGCACUGUUCUCUUUGGAGAAGUUUUUAAAAAUCUAUGUGGAGCAUGAAAGAGAUCAUUUUUUGCUGACAUUUUUUUUAAAAAAAACUGAAUUCAGACAGAAUUUUUUGUUUCUAAGAGAUAAAUGGAUUAAAAACUGUUCCAUAUUUGCAUUGCCUUUGAAUCAUAAUUGAGGAGGUUUAAUUUAUUGUCUCUGUAUACCAUUUGUCAUCUUAAAAAUCUUAAGUAAUAUUCAUUGCUGAAUGCAAAGCCCAAUUUUAAUGAAACUGAAAUCUGAAAUGUAGAAAUAAUGAAACAGCAAAGUGAGUGGUUUUAACAGUUAAUCAAGGUAGGCGUCUCAUUUUCUUGAGUAUACAGUACAGGUUGAAAGCCAAAACGCUUCCUGAAAGCAUCUAUAAAUGAUAUGUGUGUGCGCGCAUAUGUGAUGAAACGUUGCACAUGUUUAAUCAGAAAUAAGGCCCACUGAACUGAAUGGCGCCCACAACCAAGGAAGUAUACAUAAGAAUGCAAGCUGUGUAAAAGAAGUCACACUCAUUUCAGUGCAAUUUAUUUUUAAGUCAGUGAAUUUUGCUGUGGGACUAGCUUCAAAAGUACAUGUAUGUCUACUCUUAAAUAGCAAAAUAUUUUAUGAUUUUAAUGUACAGCUAUUUUCUUGUUACAUGCUUUGUUAUCAUGAGAAAAUUAUUUAAAAUUUGAAUAAUUUAAUACAAUAAUAAUAUAAGAAUGCUACUAAAACCAAGAAACCCUUCUGCCUCAACAACUGCUGGUCCGUACCAUGCUAGUGGGUGAUGAAUUUGUUUUGGCUUUUCAACUGAAUUUUAAAGUAAUUCUCCACAUUCUCAAAUUCUCUACAUUCCCAAACAAAACAUGUGUAAUAUCAUGAAUAGCAUUAUUAAACUCUGUACUAAAAUCCAGAAUCCGUCAGUGAAUUCAACACCAUUAGUCGCCCCUUCCCUGCAUUUCCUUAGGCCUGCAUUGAAAAAAUAAGACAUUUUGAAGAUUUUUUUUUAAAAAAAAACUGAUUUGAUUUUUUAAAAAUUCUUUUUGGAAUGAGUGUUUUAUUUUCUUUAAAAUGAAGAUGCUGCAUUCCACAUACAUUGCAGUACAUCUCUUGCAUCCAACACUAUAUUUUAGCAAUGCUAUUGAUGAAGCAUUGCUGCCAGCAAUAUUUAGGCAUUCUUAUUGUGGAUAUAAUAAUCAUGAAAACAGAGAGAGCGCAGGUGAACAUUUUAGCUCUGUCCAUCCUCAGUCCUUGUCUCUGUUGCCCUCCAUGUGUUGAGGCUCAAUGUAUGUAGUCUGUCCAUGCAAGGCCCCAGUGCAAUUUGGGACCAUGACAGUGAAUGUUGUGGUGCUGCUGCUGCAUGUACAUCACAGGGGUUCUUGGGAACAUUUGUUGACAGGGAAUCUGCCAUUGUCUUCUUCUGAAGGUGAGAAGUUAUAAUAUGACCAACGGUAUCCCUCGCCAAGUAGGGAUUUAUAUCAUGGUUUCCCAGAAUCCUAGUCCAAAACUACAACCACUUCACUAGCUCAAUUAUUUAAUCUGUUAAGUUCCAAACUAGAUAGGUCUUUUAUCUGUUCUAACAUAGUUCUUCAUAAUUUUUAUAUUAACUUCAAGAUAUACUUAAUGCAAGUUUAGUUUUAUUAAUUCAAUAAACAAACAAAGCCUAUUUCCAUUCUGCACUAUCACCACAAUUUUCCCCUUGAAAAAAUAAAAUGGGCAAACCCUUAAUCUUCUAUCCAUAGGCAUUGUGUUGAUUACUCUUUGUUAUACUGUGUGAUAUUCAGUUAUUUCCCAGGUAAUGUCAGAGCCCCUGGAUCUCAUGGAAAUGACUCCAUGGCAUGGGAACUAUCCACAACAAUGUUGUCUAAGGAAAUGGGCUGUGGCCAGAUUUCAUCCUCUGAGCAGCAACUCUGAUGUGAUUUAGAUGCAGGGAUGGGGGGGGGGAUUAGAAGGAGCACCACUAACAGCUAUGGACGUGUUAGAACCAGACAUAAGCCAAGUUGCUCCACCAAGAGACCCAUGCACAAGCAUUCUAUGAUACAAUUUCUCCAUUUUUGGUCUCCAUCUGGAAGCUAUGAGCCAUCUGGAACUAGUGAACAAUAUUUGGGAUGCUAUGUACUGAAUUAGGCAACUGCCCUUUUAAGAUCACCACACUUGAGAAUGGGAAGGACACAAGUGUUGACUUGGAUUGAGAAUUUUGAUUCCAGACCUUUGUGGACCAAGUUAUUUAUUUGGAGCAUUCCCAAGGUUCUGCUACUUGGGUUUUCUUGUGUUUGUUGUUUCAACUCCAGGACAGUACAGGGUGGAGAUAAUGGAGAAAGAAAGGAGCUGUCCUAUAGAUGUUUAAAGCCUGGUUUUGUUUAACUUAUUGUGUUACAUGAGCAGUGCAGCAUGAAUCUGGAGGAACAGAGGUUUUGGUGCCUACUGUAGCACAUUCUUUGAUUUACAAUAGAAUGAGUUUGUAGACUGCCAAAAUGUUCAGAUAUCAGAAUUGAAACUGUUGUCUUUUUGUUUGAACUUUUAAUACUAUUGCCUGUUUUAUAAAAAAGUACUUUUCCUUGUUAAAUAAUACGUAUAUUGUAAUUUAUUAAGAAUUUGAUUUAUUUUCUAAGUGUAAAAUUAUUUUUCUAAAUCUAAUUGUGCCAAAUCAAAAUGACUAGCUUUGUUAAAACAGCCUCCUGUGCUGAGCUUUCUGAACUAUGAUGUAAUAUGUGAAUGUAAGCUUGAGUAGCCAUGAAAUGGUUGCUGCAAAUGUUUUCAGAUUGACUGUUUUUCAUCAAUCCUCAAUAAACAGAUAUUGAAAACA